AUGCCGUCCAUGAUAAGUUUACGUGGACCGUUAGACGCAUUACUGGAAAAGGACGUAAAGUGGAAGUGGACGUCUAUGCAACAAGAUGCAUUUGAGAACUUGAAAUCAGCACUGUCCAGCGAUCUAAACAUUGCUCACUACGACCCCAAGAAGAAGAUCGUUAUAACCGCAGAUGCAUGGGAGUACGGAAUUGUAUGCGUGAUCUCGCACAGAUAUGCUAAUGGUACUGAAAAACCGACAGCCAACGCUUCUCGUUCGCUUUCUGAUGCGGAAAGGAACUAUUCAUAA